ACUCUCUCACCGGGUCGGACAGGAGGAAAUCAAACCCAGCUAACGAGAAGAAUUACGUGUGACGUGUGAGGAACGGCUCUAAUCUCUGAUCUCUUGGAUUACUCCUCCAAUGGACGGGAUUUAGCGCUUCACUGUCUGUGUGGGUUUUUUUGGCCACUGUACUUUACGCACAGCGCGCUCUGUUUUUGUGCGGCCACGCAUGGAUUAAACACUUGUUCUUUUUUUGGGGGGGGGGGUUGUUCUCUUUGGAACAUUUUUGGGUUGUUAUUGUUGUUAUCGCGUCAUGCCAAAUGAUGGCGAUCACUUGGUCACUGGAGCGCGCAGCCGUACAUUGGAUUAAGAGCCAGCGACUUCCCACGGCUCUCGGAGCGAGCACCUGUUCAUUCCCCUGAGACACUUUUGGAGCUGUUUUUCCCCCCGUUGACGCGCCGGGAUGGAGAGCGAGCCGAGACCCAGGCUCUGCUUCCUGACCCAGGGAGCGCGCGGCUAUGGGUUUCACCUGCACGGUGAGCGCAACAGAGGGGGACAGUUCAUCCGCAAAGUGGAGCCCGGCUCCUCAGCUGACCUGGCCGGGCUGAGACCGGGAGACCGAGUGGUGGAGGUGAACGGGGAGAAUGUGGAGAAAGAAAAUCACCACCAAGUGGUAAAUCGGAUCCGGGAGGUGGACCAUCGCACCAGGCUGCUGGUGGUGGACAGAGACACUGAUGACUACCUCCACAGCCAUGGCCUGGCCUGCACCGAGGACCUGGCAGUCGAGAUGGGAACCCUCUCCCCGCGGCCCUCGCCCGGACCCACCCCCUCGUCCUCUCCCAUUCCCAGAGAGAGUUCACCCCUUUCACCCAAACCCAACCACACGCAGUCAAUUCCCCCUGCUGGUGCCGACUCCCCCGUGAUCACACAAGGCAAGAUGAAGCGAUCCUCAGUGACAUCGAGUAAAGCGUCUGACCCAGAGAUAGAGCUCUCACCGGAGUCGACCACAGAUCUCUUUUUCCCCCGACUGUGUCACGUGGUGAAGGGGGACCACGGCUAUGGCUUCAACCUGCACAGCGACAAGACAAGGCGCGGACAGUUUGUCCGCUCUGUGGACCCGGGGUCGGCGGCUGAGGGCGCAGACAUGCGGCCCGGAGACAGACUGGUGGAGGUGAAUGGAGUGAACAUAGAGGGUCUGAGGCACUCGGAGGUGGUGGCCCUCAUUAGAGCAGGAGGGGAGGAAGUCAGUCUCCUUAUGGUCGACCAGGUGACGGACAAGCUCUUCCACAGAUUGGGGAUCACGCCCACCACCAGCCAUGUCAAAGAGGUCUACGCGGAUGAAUCGGCCACAGAAAGCGGCCCGCCCACUCCUCCUCCGACCACCGGACCCCCCGCCACAGAUCCACCGAUCAUAAACGUCACGCUGACAGACUCCCCGGCCACAGAGGCGUCUCCAAAAUCCCGCGCUAACGGGAGCUCGGCAUCCCAGUCCUCGCGGAGUUCCACCACCCAGUCAGAGGUCAGCAGCUCGGACAUGAGCAUCCAGGUCCCUGACGAGGACGACAGGCGCGUUUCAGACCCUUUCAUGGACAUUGGCCUGCGUCUGAGUCCGACGGCUGCUGAGGCUAAACAAAAGGCCCUCGCCGGCCGCAACAAGAAGAGGGCGCCCCCUAUGGAAUGGAGCAAGAAACAAGAGAUCUUCAGCAACUUCUGACCCCAGGAUAUGCAUCGAGAACAAGAAACAAAGUGGGGAGGCACGAGGAUGGCACAGAAUGGAGAAUAAUGUCCCCACUCCUCGCUGUUGGUAUUGUAAUCAUAGACGCAGAAGCUACAUCUCGGAGUCACAGAGGGAAGAGUAACGUGAAAAGGAAAGAGAGUCCAGGUAGUCGCAUUCACGUAGUGCCAUUCUUAAAUUCUGCUCUGUGUGAAAACACGUGGUAUUAGUGUUCUGUAGAUACUUACAUUACAGUAUCUGUACGGACAAGGUCAUGUGUGGACGUGUCAUAAACUUUAUAACACUUACGCUGCACCAAGCAAGGACAGUGAAGUCUGGCCGACCGUCAAUUUAGAGAGUUGUGGUCACCACACAGUGUUUCACUCCAUCAAAACGAGGAGUCCACAGUCUAUAUGCACUACUGUUUGUGAAUCACUGCUAUUCUCAGCAUUUGUCUGGUUUCUGGCCGUGUUUGUCGAAGAUGUGCUUUUCCGUUGUAACGUCUGCAGAUGUUACUUUUUCCUUUUCUAAAUAAGAUUUGCAUGUCUUCUGGGUUUAGUCCGAGCUCAUCAUCCUGCAGUAGUUGUCCCUGUGUUGAUGCGUGAUGUCAGUUUUAACGUAGCCUUAAUGUAUAACCAUUGAAUGUCAAUACAGAGGACAUGGGCCAAGAGGCUCAGUUAUCACAUGCAUGUUUGUUCAUCACCUCAGUGCUUCUCUUGAAUGUUAGUGAUUUCUGUAAAGGGGAAAUAUUUAAAAGACAAAAUUGUUGACGAGGAAAAAAAAAAGGUUGCACAUCGUU